AACUAACCGGGCGACAUAGUGGGUAGGUCUCUCUCCAUGGUCCGCGCGCUGAGUACUAAAGAGCGCCGCGGGCCGGUGUGUAGACAAACUUUGACUGUUCUGCAUUCUGUAGGAUACCGUGACGAUCGUUUUAACCGUGAAAGCAGCGCACCUUGUUGGAGAUGGAGGACAAGGUCAGUGGAAACGCGGCGGUUGAGGGUGCGGAGAGCAAUACCGCCUCCGCCAAGAAAGCCAGCAAGAGUAAGGCCAAGUCGCAGCAGCAGCAGAAGAAGGUCUCGUCGCGGCCGCCAACCUCCGAGAUGGUGAAGGCGGCCAUUAAGGAGCUGAAAGAUCGCAAAGGCUCGUCCUUCCAGGCGAUCAAGAAGUACAUCGUGUCCACUUACAAGGUGGACGGCGAGAAGGUCGCGCCCUUUAUCAAGAGGUACCUCAAGACCGCCGUCUCGGCGGGCGCCGUCGUGCAGACCAAGGGCAAAGGCGCCACCGGCUCCUUCAAGCUGUCCACUAACGACAAGCCUAGCAAGCCGAAGCCCAAGGGGAAGGCGCAACGCGCUUCGGCUCAUUCGGACACCAAGAAGGAUACGAAGGUAGAGAAGGCCGCUACGCGAAAACCAGCUGCCGCGAAGAAGCCAGCCAAGAAGGUCGUGGAGAGCCCGAAGAAGCAAUCCGCUCAGAAGGCUGUCGCGAAAACUGCCGCGAAGAAGGGCAGAGCCGCCGCAGAGCCGAAAUCACCAUCCAAGGCUAAGAAGGCCGUAAAGGCACCGGCGGCGAAGACAAAGACGCCCAAGCCGAAGAAAGCCACGGCUAAGACCGUGAAGGCCGCAGCAAAGAAAUAAUUGUUCUGCGAAAGAUAUACUAAAUGGCCCUUUUCAGGGCCCAAA